GCGGUUUAUCAAGUGAAUUAGGGGAAAAUUUGUUUUAGACUCAUCAAGGAAAGAAAAAAAUGCCACUUUUUUUUGAUGAUUUAGUAGUUCUAGGAUUUCACGACGUGAAGGACGCCCCAGGGAUUCAUUCUGAGUUUAAAAAACACGGCGUCGAUGCUGCCGUCGUAGAUCAUGCCUACAUUGUCUCGCAUCUUCAUCUCGCGGUCUCCUUUUACCGCUUUAAGAGCGAGGGUGCGCACGACACAGGUAUAUCCAUUUCCAGCGCCCAUACAGAGUCUGCCUCCAACGUCACAGCAAAGAAGUAUAUCUCGGACAGCAAAAGAGGUCGCCCAUCUACUGCACGAGAUAUCUUUGCGGCCCUUUCUCCUUCACACAACCUUGAUCGUAUUCUUCAAGUACUUCCAGCGGGCUCAAAGACAGACGCUGUGUUGGUUAUACUUCAAAAAGACACGUACGAAUCCCAAAAGCAACAUAUUCUCGACUGUAUUAUCCGCAAAAGCUCUCAGCCGGACGGCACCGAGAAAGCCAAGGCACAUUUGUUGGCGCACAGACGUUCUGGUCUGUUCCCCUUUCUUGAGUACGUGGAUACGGAGAAAGUAAUGAAGUUCUAUGGUAUCACAGAAAGAGAUAAGUACGCUAUGGCACAAAGCUUCACUUUAAAUGAAUCACAUGCACUCGCGCAGGAGGUGUUAAGUACUGAUAUUGCAGUUACAUUAGCCGCUUUUCAUGCGAAGCAGAAUAUGUGUAAAUGCCCCGGCGACCGAACUGCCUGUGCGAAGAGUGCGAUUUCCAUGAUGGUUGGUGCGAAGGCGCUGGAGCAAUGCGUAGUGAAUAAGCUGUCUUUGUGUGACAUUUAG